AUGAAGUUUGGGAAGCAGCUCGAGAUCACGGCCAACGUCGAGUGGCGACAGUACUACGUGCAGUACAAGAAGCUCAAGCGGCUCAUCAAACGCGUCGCCUUUGAGAUCGAACGUGGGAAGCAGAAGCUGGAAAAGCUGGAGAAGAAGCGUGGCCAGUCGCCGCUUCCACGUCCGCCCAACGUGACUGCUGGCAGCGACGAGGACGCGACCAGCGGUAUCACACGCACGGCGAGUGGUAGAAAGAAGGUGACGGAGGCCUCGCCACUGCUCGAACCAUCCACGCUCUCUAGCUCGGACUUGAAUCUCGAGGGUAUCGCCGAGGCGAAAACCGAGUUCUGGGCCAUGACAAACGCCAACAUCCAGAUUGCGAACGACUUUUACCGCGCCAAGAUCACCAACAUCGCAAAGAACAUCAAGGACUUUGAGAGCAUGCUGCGCGACGAAGGCAAGACGGCGCACGGCCACGUCUCGACGCACAACCCUACGUUCUCGCACGAGGGCGGGUUUGCCGCGAUUCAGGACGCGUACGAUACGCUCAUCGAUCUCAAGGCGUUUGUGAACCUCAACCACACGGGCUUUCGAAAAAUCGUCAAGAAGUUCGACAAGACAACGGGUGAAGACGCGCUUGGUGGCUUUAUGAAGCAGCUGAACCGCGAGGACUUUUAUGCGUCCAACGACGUUGACGGGCUUCUCGAUCGCCUCUUUGGGAUCACGUCCAAGGACAAGCUCGAGGCUGGUAACAUGGAAGGUCGCAUUCGCCGUCAGCAGGGCAAUCAAGACUCGCUUUUCCGCAAGGUCAAGGUCGUGCCCUUUGCCGUCUCGUGCACGCUAUUCCUCGUGCUUCUUAUGGUCAACCUUCCUGGCGAGCAACCAGUGCAGCAACGCUGCUUGGCGAUGCUCGUCUUUGUGACGUCGCUCUGGGUCACGGAAGCUGUCCCGUACUUCGCGACGUCGUUGCUUGUGCCCGUCCUUGUCGUCUUCCUUCGCAUUCUCAACAACAAGGCCAAUCCCGACGUGCUUCUCGACGCCAAAAGCGCGGCCAAGGAAGCAAUGACACUGCUCGUGAACCACACGACCAUUCUCAUCAUGGCGGGUGCCUUUUCCAUUUCGGCGGCAUUGUCCAAGUGCCAGAUUGAACUCUACUUGGCCGCCUUCCUCCAGCGCCGCUUCAAGAAACGCCCACGCUUCUUUCUCCUCGCGAUCAUGCUCAUGGGUCUCUUCCUUUCCAUGUGGAUCAACAACCACACGGCGCCCGUUCUCUGCGUCUCGGUGCUUUUGCCCAUCAUUCGUGACUUUCCGCACAACAGCUCAUAUGUCAAGACGCUGCUCAUCGGUCUCGCGUUCGCGUGCAACCUUGGCGGCAUGAUGACACCAAUUGCUUCGCUUCAGAACACUCUGGCGCAGUCGUACCUCGAGAAGGCCGGCUACGUCGUUUCUUUUGGCCAGUGGAUGAUGAUAUCGGUGCCCUUCUGCACCUUCGCGACGAUUCUCUGCUGGCUUUUCUUGCUUUGGGUCUUCGAUCCGGCCGACGUGACGUACAUCCCGCAAAUCGUGUACGACCAAAAGCAGCGUAUUAACCGCGUCCACAUUGCCGUUGUCGUUUUGACAAUGCUCACGAUCAUCAUGUGGGCGCUCUUCACGUUCAUGGCUGAAACCAUCGGCGACAUGGGCAUAAUAUCGCUCAUGCUGAUGUUUACGCUCUUCGGUACUGGCAUCUUGAGUCAGUUUGACUUCAACUCGUUCUCGUGGCACAUUCUGUUCCUCAUUGCGGGCGGCAAUGUUCUUGGCGAGGCGGUCCAGCGAUCGGGGCUGCUUACAACACUGAGCCACUCGUUGAUUCAAGCGCUCCCCAGCGGCAGCGUGUGGCUCACAACCGUCAUGCUCUGCCUCCUCGUGCUUUGCCUCACGACGUUCAUCUCGCAUACGGUCGCGUCGCUGAUUCUGCUGCCGAUCAUCGUACAACUAAGCGUUGAGAUUGGCCACCCGCACAUCCCUGUGAUUUGCUGCGCCCUCGCCAUAUCCGCCGCAAUGGGUUUGCCGUUUGCGUCGUUCCCCAAUAUCAAUUCGCUGCUUGUCCUCGACGACCAUGGCGAGCCCUACCUCAAGGUCCAGGACUUCCUUCGCGUCGGCCUCAUCUUCUCGAUCUUCUCUGUCGUGCUGAUCGUGACCUUGGGCUACACGCUUAUCGUCGCGGUGCUGGGCUACUCGCUCCCUCACACGGUGUCUUUGCUGGCUUCGCCUUAG